CACCAUAUCAACAUUACCAUCCCGAUGCUGUAAUCUUGGGGGAACAGUGGACAUUGGGGUACUGAGAGGAACAUCGGGGUACCGAGGGGAACAUUGGGGAAACAUUGGGGAACCGGGGAGGCAUGCCACUGAUGUAAAUAACCCCUUCAAAUCCCCAGUGUUAUCUUCUGCCCCUCCAUUUUUACAUUCUUCUUCCCCUCCCCGCUUCAAAAUCAUGGCCGACAAACCCGAACUUAAGCCCCUCCACGAAACCCUCUUCGAAGAGGGCUUGAAAGUCCGCAGAGCAGUCGUUGGCGACGCAUAUGUCGAGAGAUCUCUAGCCAAUGGAUCCAGCGACUUUGCCCGUCCCGGCCAAGAACUAAUAACCGAAUGGUGCUGGGGUCACAUCUGGACCAGACCCGGCCUGGAAAGAAAGCAACGGAGUCUCUUGAAUAUCGGCAUGCUGAUUGCCCUCAAGGCCUGGCCUGAACUAGCAGUUCACACGCGCGGCGCUAUCAACAAUGGCUUGACGGAGAAGGAGAUUAGCGAGGCGGUUUUGCAGGCCACGGUCUAUUGCGGGGCCCCGGCGGGUAUUGAAGCCACGAAGAUUACGGAGAAGACGAUUAAGGAGAUGAAGGAGAAUGGCGAAUAUAAGCCUCAUCUUUAGAUACCUGCUCAAUGCAUUGUCUAUCAGUAAUGGAAGUUAUGUACAAUAAGCAUGUCCGAAGCUGUAAUCU